AUGACAUGGAGUCGUCGCGUAAAAAUAUUAAGAAUAGAGAUAGAAGACUUUGGAAACUCUGGAAGUUCGUUGAUAUCCGCACUCGAAGAGAAAUUACAAAAUGCCAAAUUAGUUAUAUUUAUAAUCUGUCCAGUUUUUCUAGAAUACGUCGGUUCGUUUCCAGAACAUUGUUCGAUCGUUUGCCGUCAGAUACGUCCGGAUGGAGCUUUGGCUAUGCUUUUAGGUAUAUCCGAAUCUACGAUAACGGACGAUCACAAAACAGCUUUGGUUAAUUACACUCACUGGAAAAGGAUGGAAUCCGUCAAGGAUCGAGAUGAGAAAUUCGUCGGUGAUUUUUUAGGUGCCGCCAUGGAUAUAAUAUCUAAAAAGAUAACGCAAAACAAUCAGCCGACGGAAAAGGGUAGUUUUAUGCUCAUGCCAAAGAAAGUUAACAAGAGUCAAAACAAGGUAUUGAUUUUACUUAACGAACCAAUCACGAAAGAAGAUGUGAUGACGGUGACAAUGAUAAGAAACAACGAAGUUUUCGAAAUACCAUCAGUGAAAAAAAGAAAUCCCUACACUCUCAUAUUUAGAAUGCCGGAAGAAUUUUUGACGGUGUCACUGUUGGUGACGAUACGGGUCGAAAGGAACGGCGUGGAUUUGGGUACGAAAUUGUUAAAAUGCGAAAGUCAACUCUAUGCCAUGGCUCAAAUAUUGAAAUCAUGCGACAGCCCCAUCGAAUUCAUGUGUCAGGCUUUGAACAUUGUUCCAUGCGACAAAGAAAAAUUAGACGAUAUUCUCAUGUCGUCCUUUCAAAGAAACGUUCCGCCUAAUUUUAAUAUAUUACAAACGUCGGGAUUCGGACAACUUCACAGAGGUGUCAUAAUCAAAGAUGAAUAUCCUACUCUACUUCAUUUCGCCGCCCGUUUUGGACUAGAAAAACUAUGUUGGGUAUUAUUGGAAUGUCCCGGAGGUGAAUUAGCAUGCGAUAUACGUAACGUGUGCGAACUCACUCCCUCCGAAAUGGCCGAAAAUGCGGGUCACACAAAAUUGGCAAACGCUCUUUGCGGUUACAUGCAAAUGACUGAAUUCACGAGCGUUUACACAUUCAUUAAAGGAAUGGGAAGCGAAAAAAACAAUAAUAAUAAUAGCAGUAAAUCAGAUAGCAGCGAUGAUUAUUUGAAUCCCAGGCCUCUGAGCGAAACCUAUCAGGUACCCCCGUCUCCGAGACCUCUGGCACAAAUUUAUUCUCAUCCCCCGUUCGGUUACAUGCAAAUGCAAUCUCCGAAAUCCAGUUCAUUGAGUUCGUCGAUAUCCGAUUCGCCGGAUAUAGGAAGAAAUUUGUGUUCGUCGAAAGAAAGACUUUUGUAUAGGAAAAACAGCGACGACAGCCUUAAAAAAACAGGAGACGGUGGUGAUAGUCAUCAUCAUCAUCUCAACCACCUCCAUCAUCAUCAUCAGUUCAGGAGUUUAAAAGAAAAUGGCGGUAAAGGCAUACAAGACGAAUUGAUUGAAAUAAUAAACGAUUUUAAAAAUAACGUAUUCACGAUAUCGGAAGUUGAAAAACUCGUGGAAGACUGGAGAAAUAGAAACGACGUUCAACAGUCGUUCAAAGAAAAACAGGAACAACUCAAUAAAAUGAGAGAAGAAUACGAACGCGUUCAGCAAAAGUUAAAAGAAGACAUGAAACAAGUCGGACGUCCAUCACCGCUGGAAAGAAUUCGGAAAUUUUUCCGCGGGAAAACCAAAGAUUCGAAAUAUUCGGACGAGUCGCAAGAGAAAGAUGGCGAAAAUUCUUCCCUCCACCACAGGCCAUCGAGCGGAUUAAGUCUUCAAAGUUCGAAUAGUUCGUCGUCGUCGUCCGGACGUUUGAGUACGGGAAGUCACUGCAGCGGAACGAGUUUGGGCGACAGCGGAACGCAUUCGGACACGGAAUCCGAACGUAAAAUUCGUUCGUCGCCAUCGAACGGAUUUUGUCAUACGUACAAAGCCAAAGAAAUUUUAGAAGAUUACGACGUUCCCCCGCCGAAUCCCAUAUGUUUCAUCAACAACAACAACAACAGCAGCAACGGUGGGAACAACAGCGGGAACAACAAACAAAAAUGUUCUGCUACAAACGGGAUAUUGAAUUACGACAUUCCGCCACCGUCGCUCACGUUGAGCGAUUACAGUUUCAAACAGAAUUGGGAUAACGAAUCUUGCAUAUCGACGGAUUCGUUGAACGCAACAAACAAAGUCAAUUAUUAUAAUUUGUUGGGGAAAGACGUGGCAAUAGCGCCAAAUCAAUCGACUUUGCAUUCUCGUUUGGCAAAGGGUCCGAGUAAAAAUUCAUUGAAAUCCGUCGAGGAAAAUAACAAGAAGACUGAUGAUAAUAAUUGUUACGAAUAUAUAAAUUUACCGAGUUUGAAAGCUGACGCCGACGUCGAUGACGUCAACGACGGGGAAACAAUUUUGGGAAAAUCGGAAUGCGAAAGGAAAUUGUUGUUGUCGCGAGAGGAUAACGAUGAUGAAGAACUCGAGAGGAAUAGAAAAAACGUCGAUGUCAAUGACGUCAACGAUGACGUCGACGAUGACGACAAUCGUUUACCCGAUUACGUAAACGUCGAAAACGGAGUGAAAUGA